UACUACCGGAUGUUGACAAAAAUCGAUACACAAUUUUGACAGGAUGGCGGAAGAAGAGAGAGCACCUCUUCUAACGUCAGAAGUGGCUGAAAACAACCUUGCCCGACACAGAAAACGUCCAAACCUUUUUCCGACCGAGCCAGUAAGAUCUAAUGCUGUGUGUGCAGAUGAUAGAAUAUUUGUAAAUGCCACAGUCACUACACCAUCUGAGAUUGAACCUGAUGUUGUUGUUGCCAUAUUUGUGGUGGCUUUUGAUACUAGAUCAGGUAAUAUGGUAGAAUGGUCUAUGCCUGAAGAUGCAGAUCUAGAUGGUGUUGAAUUCAAGGCAAUGGUCAGUGGUUCACAUACACAGCUGAAGGAUUUUGUAUAUUUCAGAAAAGACAGUCUGUAUGGUUUAGCAUGUUUUGAAAAUAUGCCUGUAGACAGUGAGAUAGAGCGAGGUGCUCGGAUGAAAUCUGUCGGCAUAUUAGCUACAUCAUACACACUUUUAUACAGACAUCUACAGUUCCUGGAAACACAAGUCAGGCAUCAGUUGGAGACACCAGGAAAGUAUACACAACUUCAAGCAUUCUAUGAGGAUAAAACCACAGCAGCACUUAUAGCACUACAGAACCAGUCAAAAUCUACUACUCCGACAACACCUUCACGUGACCUCCUUCCAGAGUUAAAGAUUACCCAUCCAGCAGGAUGUUUUACACAGUUUGCCAAAUUUUUUGGAGAACAGAUAUUUAUCUUAUGGAAAUACACAUUAUUAGAAAAAAGAAUCCUGUUUUUUUCACCCCCACCUAUAGGUGUGGUCUGCUACAGAGUGUAUUGUGCAUGCUGUUUAGCGAAUCAUGACAUGCGUGGCCUUGGUAGAAGGUACAAGCCACAGUUUUAUGUAAAUGUUGCUGAUAUUGAAACCUUAGAAUCGGAAGUCACAUAUAUAGCUUGUACAACUGAGAAGAUAUUUGAGACGAAAACGAGCCUGUAUGAUGUAUAUGUAGAUAACCAGAUAGUGCGUACACAUUCUCCAGUACUGAAGGACCUUCUCAAAUGUAGUAGUGCUGACAGAGAGAAGUUCCAGAAAUUGAAUAAUCUAAGAUCAGCCCAUCAGUUUUCUUAUGAAGAACUUGGUGAAGAGUCUAUAGAUGAGGAGGAAGUAUUUGUCUCGUUUUUCCAUGAGCAGAAUAACCGAUUGUUUCAAACCUUACUGGAUGUUGCCAACUCCCAGGACACACAACUCACCUCGGAUCAUAUGAAAAGUAUGGGUCUGGAUCCUCAAGGGGAUAGACAGUUUCUUAUGGAACUUGUGGAGCAUUAUGGGAUAGAUGUAGUGCUAAUGGUAGACAACCCUUGUUGUCCCAAGUGAUUCAAGGGAAACAUCUCCUUCCAGAUAAAUGAUACAAGGGAAAUAAUUCUUCCAGAUGCAUUGUUUUUUCAAAUAGUUCAAAAUGAAAGAACUUGUCAAGAACCAUUAUCCAGAAUAAUAAAAUUAUUCCAGGAGAACCAAUAUGAUACCUGGCAGAAGUACUGGUAGACAACCAUUGUAGUACUAAAUGGUUCAUGGGAAAACUUCCAGGUGUAAUGGUAAAAAAUCCCUUGUAGUAAUUUACGAUUCAGUAGAUACAGAUUCCUUCCAGAUGUGUUCAUUUGUGAUCAAUACCAAAGUGCUAGUCCAGUAAUCAAAAAUUGGGUAAAUAAAGACACAAAUUCAGCAUGACACACUUUUUCCUACAUCUUCUUUCAGUUGUAAAAAUACUUCAUUGACAGUAUUUUAUUAUCUGAGGAUCUGAUUUGAAUACAGAAGAUACUGCAUGUAUGGAAAUCCUUUUAUUUGAUUUCAAAUUGUGUUAGUUUGCAGCGUACUCAUUGAAAAUUGAUGUUAUUUGAAAACGGAAAAGUUCAGUCCCAUAUACAGUAGUAGGAGAGAACAGACAUACUGGCCAUAGAGAUUUUAAAUAUUCCAUUCAGGCGCGCCAUGAGAAAACCAGCAUAAUGCAUUUGCGACCAGCAUGGAUCCAGACUAGCCUGCGCAUCCUGGUCAGGAUCCAUGCUGUUCGCUAGGCUUUGAAUGUGAACAGCAUGGAUCCUGACCAGACUGCGCGAAUGUGCAGGCUGGUCUGGAUCCAUGCUGGUUGCAAACGCACUAUGUUGGUUUUCUCAUGGUGCGGCUCAUUUGAAAACCUCAAAGGUUUGUUAGUGUAACGCUCAUAUUAUCACCUGUGUAACUUUUGUACAAAAAGGUCAUUUUGGAUUUUAAUGUAUCAGUUGAAACUAGGUACAUCAAAUUCCAAUGGACCAAGCAUUUUAUUUCAAGAUAACUGGAAUUUGAUUUAAAAAUGUAGUUUUGUGAAGAUGUUUUUCACUACUUGUACUGCUGUAGCUGCAUUGAAUAUGUAAGGCAAUAUAAAGUCAGCCUAGUUUCAGAACAAAAAAAAAUAGAAUUAUAAUAGCCUAUUACUAGGUAGGAAUUUGCAAAAGGUUAUGUAGCCCCAGUUUUGACUGGGCAUAUGAACUUGUGUAAUUUGUCUUAAAACUCAGAAUACGUACAUAUAGAAGAAUUUUGGUUUGACAUGAAAAAUUAUCAGAAUAUAAAGAAAAGCGAAUGCCAGAUACAAAGUUUCAACUAUCCAUUUUACUUAAGUUGUGAAUGAAUCUGGACCAGGUAUUUAUUCUUUUAAGCUUUGUUGUCAUAUUGAAUAACGAAAUUACCAGUCAAAACAAGUUAUAUCCUAGUCUGGUUCCCUGGCUGCAUGGUUAUUUUUUAUAUAAAUACUGCAGGCAAAAUAAGAAAAUCUUAAGCCUCUAAAAUAGCACGUUUUAUCUGAUGGCUGAACCAUACCUAUGUUCGGAGCCGGGGGGCAAUAAAAAAUGUCAGUGUAGAAACAACCUACUGGAAUUACUUCCCUCUUAAUGAAUAAACUUAUAUAGGCCUAUAUAUGUAAAUAAGAACAAACAUAGGGAUGGGAGCCAGUCUAGUUAUAUCCAUGCUUUAUCUAGAUAAGGUGCUUAUUUGUUGCCAAAUAAAAAUGAUGGCCUUUUUUCACGAGCAAACAUUUGCAAAAUCUUUCAACCCUUAUCAUGCUCGACAUGAUUGAUUCUGCCUUUGCGACCAGUGUAGAUCAUGAUCAGCCUGCACAUCCUUGCAGUUCGAUCAAGAUCUCUACUAUUCGCCAUUCAGUCUGUAUCUUUUUGGUGAGCACCCCUUUGAAAAGUUAAUGGUACUGUCCAAAUUGAAAGAUGGACAAGUUCAUUAUACAAAAUUAGCAGGGUAAGAAUUAAAAAACAACACAAAAUGUACACAAGGAAUAAAUGAGAUUUUAUGUUUUGGUUGCUCACAACAUUUUACUAGGCAUUGAUAAUUGAUCUGCCAGUUGAAAGACUUGUUAUUUUGUUAUACCUUUUUGAACUUUACAUGUAUUUAGUUGUUAAUCAUUAUUCUUUAUUUGAUAUAAAAAAGAUACAUUAGUUGUAUACUGGAUGGUUAAAAAUUCAGUUCAGAUUUUCAUGUUAACAAAGCAUGUGAUAGAAAAAGUUAUCCGCAUGAACUUCAAUGUUAAUAGCACUUAAUGGUCUGUUCUUUCUGUAUAAAUUUACAUUUUCAGGCAUUCCAAAAAACCUGGAUCUAUAGGUCGUGCCCAACUGAAUGUUUAUAUAAACUUUAUUUUUUCAAUAGAAAUCUGUAAGCAGACAAACUAUAUAUUUUAUUUGACCAUAUAAUAGAAAAUGUGUUUAUUUACAACCAUGAAAAGUUUCAUUAAGAUCUAUAUUGUAGAAAAAUUCUGUUUGCGAAAAUUCUUCAACAGUGUAAUUUUCCUGUAAAUUUUCAUUUUGAAAAGUUGUGUGAGACCAAGAAAAUUCAUAUCAUUCUAGCAAAAAUAACCAAAAAAUAAAAGAUAUGUCUUUUAUACAUUGUAGUUCCUAUAUUUUUGCUGUUUAUUUUGAAAUUUAUUCAAAGUCUACAUUGUAGAAAAACAUUUGAUCCAAACGUGCAUGCAGAACUACCUUAUCUGAAAUAAAAAAGAUGUAGUGAAACACAAAACCCAUAUCUAUACAUAGAUAAUUUACAUUCUCAUUUAAUGUUAGAGCUGAAUUAUGUUUGUUUCUAACUGUACCAAAAUAUAUGUAAGAAGUAUAUGUGUCAUAUGUGUAUAUGUGUUUUAUCUUCACAAUUCUCAUAAAUAAACAAAGUGCAAUAGAUAUCUUUUGUUAUUCAGAAGUUGCCAAUGUUUUGUGUCAGAUGUAAACUAUGUACAUAUAGUAUAAAUAUGUAACAAAUUUGUUGCAUCAUGUCAAAAUGUACCAUCAUUACUAUGUUGUGUUUUUUUGUGACUUUUUAUGUAUAUAGAUUUGAAUUCUACAAUACAUUAGAUAUUUCAGUCAUAUCAGCUUCCUUAUGUUUGUUUGUGCAGAGAAGAAAGGGUAAAUUAUGCGUCUGUUAUUGUCCAGAAAAAAACAUUUUGAAAUGAUAUGAUUUUACUGUUAUUUGCCAGUGGCUGGUAGAUCUGCUCUUUUUACAAACAAAUUACGUGCUUAAAAUGAAACAUGUAGAAGUGUUCAGUUACAAUACAUUUUAAACCUUGGUUGGGCUAACAUUUGGUAAAGUUUGUCUUUAAAUAUAUUUAAGUAUUUUGCCCCACUUUAUAAUAUGAGCCGUGCCAUGGGAAAACCAACAUAGUGGGUAUGCGACCAGCAAGGAUCCAGACCAGCCUGCGCAUCCGCGCAGUCUGGUCAGGAUCCAUGCUGUUCGCUUUCAAAGCCUAUUACAAUUAGAGAAACCGUUAGCGAACAGCAUGGAUCCUGACCAGACUGCGCGGAUGCGCAGGCUGGUCUGGAUCCUUGCUGGUCGUAUACCCACUAUGUUGGUUUUCUCAUGGUGCGGCUCACAUGAAAGCUUUUGAACAGGACUACUGGAGUGCUCAAUUUUCAGUUUUGUUAAAAAUAUCUUUAGAUAUAAAUUGUUAUAUAGAUUUAUGAUAAAAGGCAUUUAUUUACUAUGAUUCAAUGUAAAAUAAUGUUCAAUAUUUUAGUUACAUUCCUACAUUAUUUAAGACAUUCCCACCACCUUGUAAUUAAGAUAUUGAAUGUUUAUUUAGAUAUUUUACAGAGGAAGAAACAUAAUACAUAAAAAAGGAGAAUGUAUUCCUGAAGGGAAAUUUUUAUGGUAAUCUGCAACAAGGAGGCAGUAAUGGUGUAGUUAUGAUGGCGCUGCAAAAAUAUCAGUAUGAAAAAAAUUAAUGCAGGGUAUAUUUUUUCUAGAAAAUCAGUGUUAUUUCAUUGACAUGUUUUUGAUUUCAAACAUUCAUAAAAUUGUCAAAAAGCAUGAAUUUUCACCAUGACCUUGAUCCUCUAUCUCUUUUUAACUGAAAUUAGAUCUUUUGCCAGGCAUAUUAUGAAAUAACAUUUAUAUUCACUUUUAUGGUAAAAAUCAUGUUUAUUUUCAUGAGAAUGUAACAAUAUUGAUGACAUUUUAUAUGAUUUGGGGCCAUACAAACACCAGAAAAGAGUGUUAUCUUAUAUAAAAGACAUUUAUAUAACAGAAUGGUGUUGCAGUUUAUUGGCACACACUGAAUCAAUCAUAAGGUGCACAGAAUUAUUCAUUAGAUGUUUACCCAUUCUACCAACUAUUUGACUCCAUACAUGCACCAGUAAAUAGUGCUUCCUUUUCCAUCCAUAAUUUUACAAAAAACAGCUUAUUAGAACAGAAAUAAUGUGUAGCGGAACCAUGUUACAAUGUAUUUUAUCACUUCAAAUUGGUAAUAUGCCACAAUUGAUAAUUCAAUCGAGCUAUGCUUUCUUUGUUGUCGUGUUUAGAUAAAUAGAAAUAUGGUUCUGCUAUGUAUUAUGUCCUAGAUAUUGUCUGACAUAUUCUAUUUAUCCUAUUUACAUUUAUGGAGUCAGUACAGAAUACUGUCUGUUCUCUUGUAUUUAGUCCCCAAAGUAAGACACCUCAUGUUUUUAUUUUGAUGUAAGUGAGAUAUGUAACCAAAAUUUGUAGUCCUGUUUGGCGCCAUAUAACCUAUACUGUGUUGGUGCGCUGUUAAACCCAAAUAAAUAAAUAAGACAUCACUUUGAUUUUGGUGUAGAAACUGCAUUAUGUUACUCUUUAUCAAACUUUAUUUAGUGAAUAACUUGAAAGAUACACACAGUGAUCUGGCUAGAAAUAAAUAUCCCAAACUGGGUUAGAUUUAAGACACAUACUAUUUACAUUUACAUAGUGCCAACAGAACAAAACUGUUGACCAGUAUUUUAAUUGUUUAAAGUAGAAAAAAUAUUAUGAAAUUAUACUGUAUACAUAUUAGUAAUUUUCCCAUGGAUUGAAAAUAAGUAUACUAAGUCAUAUCAAUGAUUAUUUAGGUGUCAAGAAAGCUGAUCCUUUACAAAUGUUUGACUUAACCAUAGAGUCCUUAGGUUUUUAAGGUAGUUCUGCAUGUUUGGUGAAUGGAAAGGCAUGGUGUAAUGUCAUUUUUCUAGGAAAAGAUUUUGUUUGUUUUGGGUUUAACGCCGUUUUUCAACAGUAUUUCAGUUAUGUAAGGGUGGGCAUUUAACCUAACCAGUGUUCCUGGAUUCUGUACCAGUACAAACCUGUUCUCCGCAAGUAACUGCCAACUUCCCCCACAUGAAUCAGAAGUGGAGGACGAAUGAUUUCAGACACAGUGUCUUUUAUCAAAUCGUCACAGAGAACAUACGCAUCGCCCAGGGCUCAAACUCACGACCCCCGAGAUCCAUAGAUCUUCGCUCUCCCUAUUGAGCUAAGCGGGCAAGCAUAGGAAAGGAAAGUCAUGUGCAUCCUUCAUUUAAGCGUAGUUCCUUUUGCACAUUUUCAAAAGUGAUGAAUAAAAUAAUGACAAGUGAAAUAAUUCCAAAAAUGCCUGGCUGAAGUGGCUGAAAUUGGAGGAUCUCUUAAGUCAUUGGCAGUUAUCUGAAUAAUAAGCACAUGAACCUAUACAUUUUAUUUGAGGGUAUAACAUGCAAUACAAUGACUAAUAGUUGGUAAAAGUUUCGUUAAAAUCUAUGUUAUAGAAAACGAUUUUUUAGUGAAAAUGUCAUCAAAAUUGUGAUUUUCCCUUUGGCUCCCAGUAUGCAUUAGGUCCAAAUUUUUCCAGUCAAUGUUACAAAAAAUCAGCCACACAACUCAGUCAUUCUUAUUAGUAUUUGCUGAAUUUUCUUAGUAUAUUUUGAAGUUUUGAAAAAUCAUGGUUUAAUAAAAUUCUAAAUUGUAGAACAAAUUUUGAUCCGAACAUGCAGAGCUACCAUAACAAGAAUAUUGGCUGGUACGGUCCAUUGUAAAUGGUUUAGUCAUUAAAUUGUUAAAUCAAUGAUAUAUCAGUGUUCUACACAAGUUUAUUGGCAUUUUUUAUUUGUUUAAUAUUUAUUUACAUUUCAAUAACAUUAUCUUUUAUUAGUGUAAUGUUACUGUUUCAAUAUUUAAUAUAGCAUUAUACACUGUAACUAUUAAAGAAUAAAUAAAGUUGUUGAUUUUAUGAAAA